AUGCAUAUCUCUCUUUCUCUGCUUUGCACCGCUGCCUUGGCUGCUGCCCACGGCUACGUCGAGACUGCCACCAUCGGGGGCCAGACGUACCAGUUCUACAACCCCUACCAAGACCCAUACAUGAACCCUCUUCCCAAGCGUAUCUCUCGCGCUAUUCCCGGUAACGGCCCUGUAGAGGACGUUACUUCCAUUGAUAUGCAGUGUAAUGGAUACACUGCCGGUGGUAUCAAGGGCAGCCAGCCCGCUGCUCUCCACGCCGAGGCCGCAGCUGGAUCAACUGUCAACUUGAAGUGGACUCUCUGGCCUGACUCCCACGUUGGACCUGUCUUGACUUAUAUGGCUCGCUGUCCCGACUCUGGUUGCGAUGCUUGGAUGCCUGGUACUGAGAAGGUGUGGUUCAAGAUCCAGGAGGCUGGACGUGAUGGAACCAGCAACAACUGGGCUUCUUCCGUUAUCAUGAAGGCUGGCAACAGUGGCGUCAACUACACCAUUCCCCAAUGCAUCAAGCCCGGCUACUACCUUGAGCCCAGUUCUACCCUGGAUGCCAUCAGCUCAAGGUGA